AUGGUGGAGGGGCAGGUGGCGGCGCUGGGCGGCUCCGAGGUGCUGGGCCGAGCCCUGGCCGGCGGCACGCCGCUGGGGAAGGAUUUAGGCACGCCAGACGAGGAGGAGUUCGCCAGCCAAGCCAUGGCGUGGGCCAUCCGGUUCGCAGACGCGCCGGAGUUUUCCGUCGACGGCGGCGACAGCUCCCUGUGCACGGCCGUGGAGUGGUUAUUGGGUCAGCAUGCCUCGGACCCGGGCUUCUCGACGGUGGUCGGCGGCAACCCCCGCUCGCCGAAGAAGGUGCUGGCCGCCGCCGCGCGGGACGCCAUGAGCAUGGAGUUGCGGCGGCUGCAGACGAGCGGCCAGCGCUUCCUGCGGAACCCCCAGGGCGUGAAGCCCUUCCUGAAGCGCGGCGUCAUGGCCGCGUUUGGAUCGCCGUUCGACGCCGACCGGCCGGAGUGGCUGGAGAAGCUGCGGGCGCUGGGGCUGACGCAGGACCUCCCCUCGGCCUCCGAGGAGCGGGUGCCGAACAGUUGGCACGGCGACGAGUACGAGCCCAGUGACAAAGAGAAGGCUUUCCUGGCCGACGAGAAGAAUUUGCGCAAGGCUACGGUUCGUAUCGAAGAGAUCAUGAGCUUCGAGUACAUGCAGCACGUGGGCAACGCGAUGCUGAACUGCCUGCGGGUGGAGAGGACCUCGCAGCUGUUGCUUGCUGUUGUGUUCCCGUCUCUAGUUUCACUGUUCGUGCAGCGGGCCAACACUCCGAGUGCGGGGCCUGAGCGCGAGGCAGUGCUCCAGCGGCCAGAGGGGGCGGGGCUGCCGCGGGCGGCAGCGCUCGCCCGCCGCCUGCCGCGGGGGGCCAUGGCCACUGCGGGCAUGGCCGCGCCCGGGGCCCCGGCGGCGCUGGGUCCGGAGGCGGCGCGGCCUGACGCGAACGGGGCCGCCGUGGCGCGCAUGCGCGAGCAGCAGCGGCGCAUGCGGCUGACCCGGGAGGGGCCGCUGAACCCGGACACGAAGGACUACUGCGGCGCGUUCGUGUCGCUGGACGAGGACAACUCGUGGGACUAUCCGGGGCCGGCUGCGCCGGUGACGCCGGGCGCGGCCGUCUGUUUUGGGCGGGGGGGAGUCUUCCUCGCGAGCAGCCCAUGCGGAGCAGACCUCGAGACAAGUGACCAGCAGCAGUGUCAGCAUGUGCUGCCCGCCUCAGAGUGCCGAGUGGUCCUGGUCAGUUGCGAGAGACCAAUCGAGAAGCAUUUGAUCACGGAGAUGAUAUUAGCAGACGACCUCAGCGCCUUCGGGGUACGGAGGAGUCCCAGUUUCGCGGCGCGCGCCCCGCCGACGGGGCCGGCGGACGCCGCCUUCAAGCGCGGCUUCUCGAUCCGGGUGACCAGCCUGAGCGACGAGGCAGUGGAGUUCGACAUGGUUGGGAUCGAUCCACCGCUGGCGAACGCGUUCCGCAGGCUCCUGCUUGGGGAGGUGCCCACGGUGGCGAUCAGCGAGGUGACCGUCUACCAGAACACCGGCGUCCUGCACGACGAAAACCUGGUCCACCGCCUCGGCCUCUGCCCCAUCCGGUGUGAGCCGGACCGCCUGGAGGCCAAGCUCCCGGACAUGGAGUUCAAUGAGACCAAUAGCCUGAAGUUUCGCCUCCACACGGUUUGUGGAGAUAAGCCCCGGAGGGUUCUGUCGAAGGACCUGACUUGGGUACCGUGGAGUCCUGCUCAGAAGCAGCUGUUUGUGGACGGGGCGCCCGCGCCUGUGGCGGACGACGUCCUGAUCACUCAGCUGCGGCCAGGCCAGGAGAUAGAGCUCGAGUGUUUCUGCGCGAAGGGCACAGGGAGGGAACACGCCAAGUGGUCCCCUGUCAGCACGGCGUCGUACCGAUUGCUGCCCUAUGCUGAUCUGAGCAGGCCCAUCCUCGAUGGUGACGCCGAGAGGCUCAAGGCCACCUGCGGGGCGGGCGUCUUCGACAUAGAAGAGCUGCCCGGCGGCGGCAAGCGAGCAGUGGUCGCUAACCCCCGUAGCUGCGUCACUUGCAGAGAGUGCCUGGAGAGCUUCCCGGGCGAGGCCAUGGGGCUGGAGAUCGGGAAGAUAAAGGACCAUUACCUCCCGGCGUGUUCACCGUGGAGAGCACCGGCAGCAUCCCCGCGCCCGUGCUCUUCGAGAAGGCAGUGA